AUUAUUAAACUAUUUAUUUUAAUUUUUGUGUAUUUAUCUAUUUUGUUAGUAUGAGUAUUAUAUAAUUACAAUAGGACUCUCUAAACUUCAAUAACAAUGUUUCUAAAUAAUGGGCGCAAGGUUUUCAAACAUUUAACUUGGAAUGAAGCUAACAUAGAAGCAACAUCCAGUUUGUACAGAUCACAACGACCCUCUCUUGAUAUAUCUGGUGUUUCUGGUGAACCUAAUAUAGAAGCAACAUCCAGUUUGUACAGAUCACAGCGACCUUCCUUUGAUAUAUCUGGUGUUUCACAUACAUUAGAAGUGGCUGCACAUCCAUUGAACUCAACUUUCAUUUCAAAUGUAACUACCGAGCCAAGUACAACUGCAGCAGGGUCUACCACCCUUUACGAUGUCGAAGGAUUAGAGAAUAGUAACCGUGUACCAGAUAUUGUAGCUCAAGAUGAUGCUGCUAAGGAAGCAUUUUAUAUGAAACGUAAAAAUCAUGAAAAAGCUGAGUUUACUAUUGCUAAACAGCAAACGGUGUUCCAACAACUAUUCUCGGUCUUGCCAUUUGAUGUAUGUCCAGAUAAUGUACCUGUAGACGAAAAGGAUUAAAACGGAAAACAACAAUGGGAUUAAUAGGUCUUAUAAGUCAGUCGUCACUACGCCAAGCAAAGCCCUUGCAUUCUAGAAAUUUUGAAAUAUUAAAAAUUGUAAACCGUGCUAAUAAAUUUUAAUAUUAAAGUAA